AUGAUUUCGUCAAAUGGCAUAUGGCGAGGAGAGGACCCUUUGUCUUACUCCCUCCCUCUCUUCGUCUUGCAACUCUCCCUCAUCAUCAUCGUCACUCGCACCCUGGUCUUCCUCUUGAAGCCCCUCCGCCAGCCCCGGGUCGUCUCCGAGAUCUUGGGUGGCCUGAUUUUGGGUCCGUCGGUGAUGGGGAAGAACUCACACUUCAGUAAAACGGUCUUCCCCUUACAUAGCAUUGCAGUGCUGGAGACGAUGGCAAAUUUGGGUCUGCUCUACUUUCUCUUCCUUGUAGGAGUUGAGAUGGACAUAAACGUGAUACGAAGAACAGGACGUAAGGCAAUGGUAAUCGCCAUAUCAGGCAUGGCUCUUCCUUUCCUCAUCGGCUCUGUCACAUCAUACUUCCUCAGGAAUUCCAUAAGCACGAGCGUUAACCAGACAAGCUUCCUCCUCUUCCUCGGCGUCGCUCUCUCCGUCACCGCUUUCCCUGUUCUAGCUCGCAUCCUUGCAGAACUCAAGCUCCUCAACACUGAACUUGGAAGGAUUGCAAUGUCGUCCGCCAUCAUCAAUGACUUAUGUGCAUGGAUCUUGCUUGCACUAGCCAUUGCCCUCACAGACAACAGUGAAUAUAAUUUUGCAUCUCUUUGGAUCGUCCUCUGUGGGACCGCCUACAUUUUAUUCUGCAUUUUUAUCGUUCGACCUGCCAUUGGAUGGGUCAUCAAGCAGACUCCAGAAGGAGAAGCUAUCAAAGAAUUACACGUCUGCAUCAUUCUCACUGGCGUGUUGAUAAGCGGAUUCAUAACUGAUGCAAUCGGUAUACAUGCUAUCUUCGGUGCAUUUGUAUUUGGCCUAGUAAUUCCAAGCGGCCCUUUGGGAGUUUUGUUGAUCGAAAAGUUGGAGGAUUUCGUUUCCGGGUUGCUGCUGCCUCUCUUUUUUGCAAUCAGCGGCCUCAGGGCUAACUUGAGCACGGUAACAAACCGAGAUACAACGAUCGUCCUGGUGGUGAUCAUCGUCAUCGCAUGUAUCUGCAAGGUGGUCGCCACCCUCAUUGUCGCCCUCUUCUAUGGAAUGCCUCUCCGUGAAGGGUUUUCGCUCGGGAUGCUCAUGAACACCAAAGGGCUUAUUGAAAUGAUCGUCCUCAACGUCGGCAGGGAUCAAAAGGUCCUUGAUGAGCCGGCAUUUGCAAUCAUGGUCAUGACGGCAGUGGUAAUGACGGGGAUGAUCACGCCGGUGGUGACCUCCGUCUACCGGCCCGCAAGGCGAUUCAUAGCGUAUAAGCGCCGGACGAUCCAAAGGUCAAAGGCAGACGCUGAGCUACGAUUGCUAGCCUGCAUCCACAGCCCCCGCAGUGUCCCCACCAUCAUUAACCUCCUUGAAGCGUCAAGACCCACCAAGAGGUCGCCGAUUUUCGUCUACGCACUCCACCUUGUUGAACUAACAGGCCGCGCCUCAGCGAUGCUGAUCGUCCACAGCACAAGAAAGAACGGUCGACCCCCAAUCAACCGAACCCAGGCUCAUUCAGACCACAUCGUCAGCGCCUUUGAGAACUACGAGAUGCGCUCUAGUGGGGUGGCAGUGCAACCGCUCACAGCUAUAUCGCCCUACUCGACCAUGCACGAGGACAUAUGCGACGUGGCCGAGGACAAGCGAGUCGCUCUUAUCAUCCUUCCCUUCCACAAGCAACAGACAGUAGAUGGCGGAAUGGAAGCAGCUAACCCUGCCGCCCAGACCGUUAACCAGAACGUCCUAGCAAAUGCUCCAUGCUCGGUAGGGAUCCUCGUCGACCGCGGCCUCGGUGGGGCCACCCACGUCCCAGCCAGCCACGUGCAGCACCAUGUAGGGGUCCUCUUCUUUGGUGGGCCCGACGAUCGUGAAGCCCUAGCGUACGCAUGGCGGAUGGCCGAGCACCCAGGUGUAACCCUCACUGUAAUUCGUUUCAUUGUAGGAGAUAACCCAGUGGACCCCGCCGUGCUGGGUGGCAAGUCCAAUGAAGACGGGAGACUUUCAGUAAUCACCGAUAACGAGAGGGAGAAGCAGCUCGAUGAUGACUACAUCAACCAGUUUCGGUUGAAGCACGUGAGUAACGAGUCGGUGGUGUACACGGAGAAGGUGACGAACAAUGCAGAGGAGACGGUGGCGGCAAUACGGAAUAUGUCUACAAACCAUGAUCUGUAUAUAGUAGGCCGUGGGCAGGGAAUGGUGUCGCCUUUAACAGCGGGAAUGAUGGAAUGGAGUGAGUGUCCAGAGCUGGGGGCGAUAGGGGAUUUCCUGGCGUCGGCGGAUUUUGCAUUGACUGUGUCUGUGCUGGUUAUGCAGCAGUACGUGGGUACAACGUCGACAGAUGGGCUGGGAACGCCGGAUAGUCCGGGCAAGCAAGUGGAACAGUACCUCGGUGGGAAUAAUGAUAAUAGGCGGCACCGGGCAUCUCAGGCGUUGUACCAGCCGCAGCCGCGGGGUAAUGCGGCGGCUGGGAUGGAUGCUUGA